GUGUAUGACUCCAUGUUGGCUCUCCCCAGAGGCUUCCAGAACCAUCCUCAUCAUCUUCAUCUUCGUCUCCAUGGUCGCCACCCUUGCCAGCAUCGCCGGGGGCAAGUGCACCAAUUGCCCGGGCCUCAGGGUUCUGGAACCAAGGCCCGGGUUGCCACGGCAGCUGGGAUUCUGUUCCUGAUUGCCGGGAUGCUGGGUCUGCUGCCUCCCAGCUGGACCGCUCAGUGCCGUCACUGACUUCUAGAAUCCUCUGGUACACCAGGGCUUGAAGAAAGAUCUGGGGGGGCUGCCAUCUUCACCUGCUGGGGGUCAGGAGCGCUCAUGGCCAGGUACGGACCACAAUGGCAAUAAGUCAGACUUUGUGUUUUUAAUCCUCAAUUUUUGAUGGAUGUAUUGAUGUACUGAAACAUGCUGAGGCAACUCUAUGUCUUUUAAAUGUCUAAAUGUCCUUCCAUUCAUUCAGGGGGUCUCCUGGUGUCCUCGUGCCCACAGAGGGAUGGCCCUGGACGGGAUAAGGGUCGGUAUAAGAAGGAAGCCAACACCACCACUAACCCUGCCAGCAGCCAGGGCACAUCUCAUGUCUGA